AUGAUAACUGUCCAAGCUGCCUCUCUGCCUCUUCAUUCGCCUCGUUUCAUGAUUAGCGCGUCAGAUGUGACCCAGCUGUUGUUCACCAAAAAACCAGAGCCUCUGACUCUUGGUGCAACGGAUACCCUGAAAUUUACGUUCCAAAUUACGGAGAACGACAACGGUAAGGUGUCCAACCGCAGCAAACGUUCCUCUGAUUCUAUGACAGUGUCAGGCAAGGAGGGCAUCCAGCCUGUCAGGGUAACUCCUGGAGGAAAGGCCAAGUUUGAACUGGUUCUGCCCACCUGUGACCUGCAUCCAUCCCCACAACUACGCACUGAUUCUCUUGAGGUCUCGUUCAUGCUGGGCUCCUUCGUGCAUGCACCUGAAAAAUACGAUCUCUUCGACCUCUCCAUACCAACAUCCCAAACUCCCACUGAACACUCGGAUGAAGCCUCAUUCCACAUCCUCCCUGUCAUCAAGCAUACCUUCCGCCCCGACCAAAGAUCACCUCCUCGGUUGAUCUCUGCCGUGUUCGCAGCGGCUUGGAGCAAAAUUAACUUCAGGGUUUACAACCUCUUCGCUCCUAGCAUCGUGCCUUUCACCGCCCUCCUUGCGGUUCUGAACAGGGGUAUCUUUGCCAUUCCCACCGUAUUCGCCGGUAAGCAGGCUCUGUUUGCGACUGGAGAAUGGAGAGCAGGUCGGAAAUGA